UACACCUGAGCCAGUUUGGGUAAGGGGGGUGGUGUUCACCCCCCACCCCGAGCAGGGAUUGCCUCACUGUUUCAGGUGACAAUGUAAGAUGUAACCAAAAGUGUGUUUUCAGUCACCAUCUUCAUGAACUGUGAUAAACAGGUGGGGCAGUGUUCUUUAUCUCUGCCAUGACUCAGCCCUGAUAACGCCCUGCAGGGGCCAUCUUCUGUUAAUGGGCCAUUGAGUGUCACUGCAGGACUGAUAAAAUUACAUCACCCCAUUGUGGGAUGCUCCGCCCAGGGGGAGGAACCAAGCAUUCCUGCCUGGAUAUAAUCUCACCCUUGCAACACCAGGAGCACCUUGCCUACUGGAUUCCCAGAGGACAAGAGCUCCAUAAGCACCACUGGACCUUCAGAGGAAGACCAGACCCUUCUGCAGGAUCCCCGCUUUGACAGAAUCACGUUCAUCACUCCAACAGGACUGCAGCCACCAUUUCAUCAGACUGCUACCACCACCCUGCCCAACAGGGUGUCAGAAUUUCCCAUCCCCAAACCGUCGCCACAUGGGGGAGGAGGCUGCAAGGAUGACGAAGGAGCCCUGGGACCCCCAGGCAGGUGAGGAGGAAGUCAGUGCCCCUUUCCCCCUCUCUCCUGCUCCAUCUCCCCCAUGUCCUCCAUGGCCCCUGGCUGCAGGACAACCCCGCUGCCGACGCCGUCCUGCCGGGGAUGCACUGGGGGGAUCUCCUUCCCCUUCCCUCUGGCACGGAGGCAAAUCCCAUCCUCUCCUUGUCCUUCCCCCCCAGACCAGGAGCUGAGGAUGGAGACCAGGGAGGAUAAAUCCCCACAGGCGAACCUCGUAGAAGAUGCUGUUUUGAGCAGCUCCACAGUGCAGGAAUCCAGUAGGGAGGAAAAUCCCAAGAUAUCUCACAGGAGGAAGGGCUGCAAACCCAGCCCAGGGUGCUCUGAGGAGGAAAGACCCACCCUGUACCAGGAAGGUGGACAGAGCUCCAGCCAGAGCUUGGAGCUGGUGGUCCAUGAGCAGCUCCAUGAUGGGGAAAAGCCCCACAAGUGCUUGGAAUGUGGGAAGAGCUUCAGGUGGAGCAACAACCUGACCUGCCACCAGAUGAUCCACACCGGGGAAUGGCCCUAUGAGUGUGAGGAGUGUGGGAAGGGCUUCAGCUGCAGAUCCAAACUCGUCAUCCACCAACGCAUCCACACUGGGGAGAGGCCCUACGAGUGUGGGGAAUGUGGGAAGAGCUUCAGCCGAAGGUCCUACUUGAUCUGCCACCAGAUCAUCCACACUGGAGAAUGGCCAUACAAAUGUGGGGAAUGUGGGAAAGGCUUCAGCCAGAGGUCCCAACUGAUCAUCCACCAAAUGAUCCACACUGGGGAGAGGCCCUACGAGUGUCCUGAGUGUCAGAAGAGGUUUCAGACCAGCUCCCAUCUCCUCCUGCACCAGCAGAUUCACACAGAGGAGAGGCCCUUCCUCUGCCCUGACUGCGGGAAGGGCUUCAAACACAACUCCACCCUCGUCACCCACCAGCGCAUCUACACCGGGGAGAGGCCCUACGAGUGUCCCACAUGUGGGAAGAGCUUCUCCAGCAGCUCUGCCUUGAUCAAACACCAACGGACCCACCGCUAAGGGAAGCCCCCUGCAAGUGCCCCAACUGCAGGAAGAGC